ACCUUCAUUUAGAAAAUAAGUAUUAGAGGAGUUUUAUAAAUGCAAACAAUAAAUAAAACUUGCAUAAUUUAACAAUUUUCUACGAAUAAGUUACAAUAUAAUUGUAGAAUAUACCAUUUAAACUAUGGCGUCUCAUUUAAGCACUAAAGACCGACUACUAUCGUUAAUAGAUGACAUGGAACUAAUUGCAAAAGAAAUAAUUGAAGUAUCAAUAGCUCCAAAGUCACAAAAGUUAUCAGCGGCAGAUCACGCACAAUUAACUGAUUUACUACUAUGUAAAGACGCAGAAUUAAAGAAGACGCUAGAUUUAGCAGAUGAACAGGCUAAAAUACAACAAAAGAUGAAUGAUCUUAAAGCUGAAGUUGACAAUAAGGAUCAGGAUAUUCACCACUUACAAAGGCAGUUAAAAGAUGCAGAGCAAAUUUUAGCUACAUCAUUGUAUCAAGCAAGGCAAAAGCUUGCCUCAAUUGUCAAAUCAAGGAAGAGACCUGUUCCUUCUGAGGAGUUAAUCAAAUUUGCACACAGGAUAAGUGCAUCAAAUGCUGUCAGUGCACCUCUGUCGUGGCAGCCAGGAGAUCCUAGACGUCCUUAUCCAACAGAUCUAGAGAUGAGACUGGGAAUGCUAGGUCGCCUCUGUGACUUACCACUGAAUGGUCACACUCCCUCUACACUGAACGAGUUACAUCGAAUAACUACUGGAGGAGUUCCAGCAUCAGCUACUAAUCAGUUCACAUGGCAUCCGUCAGGGGAGCUGCACAUGUCAGUUGGUGGCGGUAAUUCUGUUGCUAUAGAUGGACGUAGUAAAGAUGCACCAACACAGGAAGAUGUCGAAGUUAUGUCAACAGACUCAAGUUCUAGCUCAAGCAGUGACUCACAAUAGCUUUGCGGUCAAUAAUGCACACGCGAUUAGACAAUCAAAGUUUGGUCAAUCAAUCAAAUAGUGUUUUAUCUGUUGGUUAUUAAUUUUCCAUUUAAAAAAACAAUCCUAAAUUGAAUAGUCAUCAUGACUGAUUCUUUGUUGGAGUUCUGUGAAAAGAUUUCGAACUAUUUAAUAUGUUAUAGCCAGUUGCAAUAUAUACAUUAUGUAUAUAUGAAUGAUUGUAUGAAAUAUGUAAAAUGUGAAGUGCUCCACUUUAGCUACAUUAAGACUGUCUUUUUAAUACAAUUAGUAAUAA